GGCCUCCUUUUUCUUUUUCUUUCCGUUGCCUUUCUUUUCUCGUGAGUAGCAGUAUUUAUUUACCUCUCUCUAUCCCUUUCUCUCUGCAGUUUUUGCCUCAACUCAAUCUGUUUACUUUAUUUCACAAAGAACCUGAUUCUCUGAACACAAGCGGUUUUCUCGGCGGCGUGAUUAUAACGGUUCCGAUGAAGUGAGUGGGAAAUAUGGAAAUGGACAAAAGCGAAGAGGCGAUGCGUGGAGGCAGUGGGUUCUCAACCACCAAAAGACACAUCAACAAACAACAAUCUCAAUCUCCUUCUUCCGGGGGUUUCAAUGCUAUUCAAUUUUCGGAGAAAUCAAAGAAAGAGAAGGUGAGAAGCUUGAGUGCUGUUGCCAAAGCUUUAUCUAGUCACCAAAUGCGUUGCCGUGUCUCCGACUCUCAAAAACCGAAUGCCUCUGCUAUCGCUGCUACCAAGAAAUUUAAGCUUCCUAGAAAGUUUAUUAAUGACUGCAAUGGCGUUGAUCAUGCCUCUGUCCCACGGAAGAUACGUUCAGCCAUGAAGAAGCGGAGUCGCGAAUCCAUGCUAACUGAUUCAGAAAAGGUGAACCGUAAGGUGAAUGGAAUAGAAUCUCCCGAAAAAGAUAGCAUAAAGAAAUCCAGAAAACGAAGAAGCAAGGACUGGUCCACGAGGGAAGUUUUAUCGGGGCCCAUCACAAAAGAUGAGGAAGAGGUUGUGGAGACUCUGUAUGCCUUGGCUGGAAUGUUCCCUGAUAAUGGCUCCAGUUCUAGGACUGAACAAGACGGCGAAUCUUUACCAGUGAACUCCACGGUUUUGCCGGACCAAGUGGAGAAUCAUAGUGCUAAUGCUACUAUUACUAUCGAAGCCUCGGUAUCUACUACAGGCGCUGGGGAAAGAUGUGAAAAAAUCAGUUCUUUGAAUGAAACCAUUGGUGAUGAAAAGACUGUUUUUUCUGGGAGUGAAAAGUUCUUGGUGGCAACUCACAGUAGUGUUCCAAAAAUAAAUCUGCAGGCAGUGCCUAUAAUGGUUAGCAGUGAAAAUGUUGGAAAAGUUGCGUUGCAUGACCCUGAGUUGUCUCUGGAGAUGGGAUUAAAUGUGCCCACACAAUCACAGAUUUCACUGAUUGGGAGGCAAUCGGAUGUGGAGUUUCAGACGGCCGGAGGCAGUGAUUGUAAGCAAGAACAACAUAUAAUCAAGUACCAACAAGAAAUUGAAGGUCCCGCAUUGUGGCUAGGCUUGUCUCCAAGGCCGUUUUCGGGGACUAGUGCCUCUGUUUUGCAGUCUUCCGUUGCUAAAGCUCCAGAAUGGCUGAAGACUGCUUUUUGUGCCUCUAAACAGGAUUUGAUGGAAAGUUAUUCAUCUGAUGGAAAGUUGCAGAUUUCCGAAAUUGUUAUUCAUAAAAAGUCACGCAAGAGGUGUGCAGCUCAUGUUCACAUCAGUCAUCUCAUCCGGAGUUUAGAAAUGCCAAAAGGACACGUAGGCAAAGAACCUGAGCUUUAUGAAUGUCAUCAAAGUAGAGUACAACAAGGAUCAAAAUGUGAAGUUCUAAUGGAACCACAAAACUUGAAUUGGAUGAGAACUGGGAAUAGUUCUGCUGCUGAAACAGCUCAAUCGAAUAACCAUGAAACUAAGAAUGGUAUUCUUCAGCAGCAGGGUCAUUAUCAUGACAUAACUCAGACUCCUGCAACACCUUUAGUUUAUGGUCCUCACAAGCAAAGUUUCAACUUCUUGUCCUUGUCGACUGGAGGUAAUGAGUUAAAAGUCAACGAAAGUUUUAACAAAUGCGAAAGUAAGUUGGAACCAUUGUCAAAAUCGCAAGUGCCUUAUUUUCAGUCACUACAACAGCAGCAUGGCCUCAUUCCCAUUCAAAGUCAGUACACCUCCACUUCUUUCCCUGAUCAGCUUCCUGUUGGACCACAGGUUCGGUUGCAGCAACCACAUUAUUACGGUACUCCAUUACGUGGAACACAUUAUAGUUCGACAGUUCCAUAUAAACAACAGCACCAAAGCUUUUGGGCGGUUCAGGUAGCAGCUCAAGGUGGGUCUGCUGUAAAUUGCAGUAUUGGGAGGGCCCAAUAUCCUAGUUGGCAAAGUGGGAGACAUAACAGUUGUACUCAACUCAUCCUUCCACAUUCCACUGGAUCGCUAGAAGCAUUUGGAUCCAAGAUCACUUCAAUAUCUGGGCAACAGCUCUUUACCCUUGCUUCAUCGUUGACACCCCCAUCCAGAUCCAGGGCAAAUGGGGUUGACAUUCAUCUUCCUUCUCUAUGUGAAGAAGGUAAAGGUAGGUUCCGUAGUAGUGGUGCCCCAUCGCUGCAAUUGUUAUGUGAUGAGCGUAUGUGAAUUCUGAAAUUCAACGUAAAAAGACAAGGCACGUCGGAAACAUUUGUCAUUGUUGUAUUUUACAUGCACUCGGUUUUUGUGCUACUGCUACACCUGUCACGUUAUUUGACGUGGCGCAUAACUUGGAAUAUCUUGUCUGUAGAGCAUGAAACCCAAAUAGCGGUAGAGUGGCUGGGUAGCUAAAUCUGAAGCCGACGGGACCA